UCAGAGCCAAAGGGUCCAAGGUCAACAUUUGCACAAUCCUUGUGACGCCUCCAUUGUAGAACUGGACCUCGCAGCAUGAAGACCCUCCUACUUUUCGCCGCCGUCUGCGUAGCUGUGACCUACAGCCAAGUGCUGGAGCCAUGCAUGGCACCGGAUCUCUGGGAGGCCCGCGUCUCAAGGAUUGACCCAGAAAAGCGCUUCUCCGAGCGCGCUAGGAUGUCCUACGACGCCACCAACAGGCGCGUGCGCAGGAUCGAGGAAGUCAACCUACUUGAGGACAAAGAGUUCUACGAUGUGCUGUACAUUCACAACACCGAGCCUGGCACUGAGUACCGUCUUAACCUGAAGACGAAGGAGUGUCAGAAGAGGGAGAUGUCCAACGCCUGGCGUCCCUUCCAAGUCCCUCCGAACUCCACCUUCCUGGGUGAGAGCUACAUCGGGACCGGCGCGGUGCCAGGGGCAGGCGUGCUGACGGAGCUUUGGUCCAAUACCUUUGAGGACGGAGACAAGUACUUUGGUGUCUACACCGUGGAGGGGUGCAUUCCCAUCCAAGAGGAAUUCUACAGCAACCGCACUGGCCUUGUCUCUACAUUCUUCUUUGACGUGACAGCCGGCAUCUCCGACCCAAACGUCUUCAUCCCACCGAGAGAAUGCAUGUAGUUAGUUACUACCCGCGUUAGCUUGUCGUGAAGUCUACACAGAUUCCAUUACAUAACAGAAUCAGUUUCAUUGUAAAUUCUGCUGUUUUUACGUUCAUGAACAUCAACGUGAUGUAAUUUUACGUUCGAUGUGGAUUGUUCUGUAAACGUUUCAUGCUUCUAUAAAUGAUUGUUCUUUC